CAGUGUUGUUCCAACUGCAAGCCAGGGCUUGCCGAGGGAGUAUGGAGCGUUUUACCGCGGCCAGUCCCCUCACAGGAACCAAAUAUCUUGACAUCUAUGUGGACGAAAAGGAGCCCAGAAACGGCAUUGAAGCGCUCCUGAAAGAAUUGCGGCCACUUUGGAAACCGACGGAGAUUAAGUUGAAGACUUUCACUGAUGGAAUCACAAACAAGCUUCUUGGUUGCCAUGUGGAUGAAGCCAUGGAAGAUGUCAUUCUUGUAAGGAUUUAUGGCAAUAUGACAGAACUUUUUGUGGACCGCAACAAUGAAGUUAAAAGUUUCCAGGCUCUUCGUGCUCAGCACUGUGCUCCAGAUCUUUACUGUACUUUUCAGAAUGGAAUGUGCUAUGAAUUCAUCAGAGGUACUGUUUUAAACAUGUGGCUGCUCAGGGAACCUUCAAUUUUCAGGCUUGUUGCCAAGGAACUGGCUCAAUUUCAUUCUGUUCAAACUGAUAAUGGCUAUCCUUCUGAACCAGUCCUUUGGAAUACUAUCUCCAAGUAUUUGGAUUUACUUAAUACCAACCAGCAGAAGCCAACAACACAUGUGAGUUCCCUGGAAAUGAAUGACGUGCCAACUUUUGACAUUCUUGUCAGUGAAGUUGAAAAACUCAAAGAACACCUUUCCCAAUGUGAAUCCCCAGUGGUCUUGUGCCAUAAUGAUCUACUGUGUAAGAAUAUAAUCUACAUUGAAGCAAAAGGAGUUGUAAAGUUUAUUGAUUAUGAAUAUACUGGCUACAAUUACCAAGCAUAUGAUAUCGGAAACCACUUUAAUGAAUUUGCAGGGGUGAGUGAAUUGGACUUCAGCAUGUACCCGCCUAAGGAAUUGCAGUUAGAGUGGCUUAAGUCUUACCUGGAGGUAUUUAAAGAAUGUUCUGGCCGUGAACCAUUGGUGACUGAUCUGGAAGUGCUGAGGCUCUAUGUACAAGUGAACAAAUUUGCUUUGGCUUCACACUUUUCCUGGGGCCUCUGGGCAGUCCUCCAGGCCAGAUAUUCCACCAUUGACUUUGAUUUCCUGAGAUAUGCCAGAGAACGUUUCAAACAAUACUUCAAGAUGAAGGAUGAUGUCAUGACCUUGCAGCUUCCUUCUUAAUGCUGGAGAUCAGUUGGAAAUUUCACUGCAAUGGAAAGCUGGCACAAGCUGGAAACAAGAAACCAUUGAAAACUAAUUAAUGACAAAUUACUGAAAGUUUAAUAUGUCACUUUUAUGCCAUAGUAAUCAUACAUAGAAUUCAAUAUCAUUGCCAAUUUCAUAACUUACUAUCAAGAUUCAUUCAAAAUAGUUAUUCACAGUGAAGACUAUACCUUCAAUUAUGGAAGUAGAUCAACAUGAUUUCAUGUCAUUGUGUACCAAUCACAUUUCUCACUGAUGUUUUGACAUCGAACAUCUUGAGGCAAAUUCUUCAACUGGCAAGUUUGUGUUUUCUUAAAAUAGUCUCUGGUUGUAAGGGUUCAGUUAAAUGAUACUCACUGUCUGUUUUUCAGUAAUGCUCUGCAAUCAUCAUUCCAAUGACAUGGUUUAGAGAAAUGUUUUAAUAUAUGUCAAAGCUGCAAAAUUGAGCAGAAAUUUGAAAUGUACAAAAGGUUGGUCAGCAUAAGAUAAAGACAGAUAAAUCCUAUCAAAAUAUACAUUUAUUGUUGUAGCUAUUGUAACAUUUCAUGUUGAAUCCAACCUCAGAUCUUUUAUCACAAUCUCUACCUUUCAGAUGUUAAUUGUACAUUUCAAUUUUUGGGUUGUAUUUCCUUUCUGGCUGUAGUUUUACAUUUAACAUUGUAAGGUGGAGCCUCAAAACUCUGAAGAUAAUUCCAGCUAAUUAAUCACUGUUCCACUGCUUCGCUCUGUGUUAUUCAACUUUUUGUUCACAAAUGUUGUAGUAAGUCUAUUAUGUAUAACCAUGGAAAGUACAUUGUGUCAUAUCACUGGUAUUGAUUAAAGAUUAUCAUGAAUCAAGAA